CAUACAAUAGAAUAGAGGUUAGAUGGAGUGUGUUCUCCACAGGUUAAGGAACACACACAUACCAUCCUUGUCUUCCAUCUUCUCCUUCUACUUGGACAAUGGAAUCCGUUUUAAGCUUCAACAAGAUGAUAAUGAAGCCACUGGCACCGAAGGGGUUUGCUGAGAGCAACAUAGCAGCAAGGAAGAAGAGUCGCAUGGCGGUGGUUGUGAAAGCAGAGGGUGCGGGUGUUGGUGUUGGAAUCAACCCUGAUAUCAGGAAGACUGAGGAGAAGGUUGUGGACUCUGUUGUCGUCUCUGAACUCUCUAAACCCCUCACUCCCUAUUGCAGAUGUUGGAGAUCAGGAACUUUUCCUCUGUGCGACGGAAGCCAUGUAAAGCAUAACAAGGCCACUGGGGAUAACGUUGGACCUCUGCUUCUGAAAAAGUAGAGAAUCUUAGUAUUUGCUUUGAUUUCAAUGCAGCAAAUAAAAGGUGGCUUCCCUGUUAGUUAAUUAAUUUGUCCAAUAUUGGAAAAUCCUAUUUUGGAAUUUAAGUAUUGUCCAUGAUUUUGCUUUGGACUCCAAAAUAGUUGUAUGAUACAUAAACGUCGACAGCAGGGUUCGAACCUGCGCGGGCGAAACCCAACAGAUUUCAAGUCUGUCUCCUUAACCACUCGGACAUAUCGACUGUUGGCUUUUUAUUUCCUUGAAUAAUAUUUUUAUUGGCUGAAAAUGGCCCAUUUUUUUUAUUUUUUUGGGUAUACCAUUUUGUGUUAGAUGUGGAUUGUGGACUCUAUCUUCUAUCGAACUCGGACCCAACUCCUUCAAACAAA